CACCGACUAGCGAUUCGGCAAGCCUACUACAAGACAGAACAGUCGCUUUCGGUCGUGCUGGCGUGAUCAACUGUCACUCUAUAUGGGGUACUACGUAAAACAACGGUUACCGUAAAAUAUGUAUUCACUGUUUGAUGAUCGGUUUUAUUAGUUGUCGUGAGAAUUCACCGUGUGUAUUGUAUGGAGAACUAGGAGGAGAGGCGGGCAGAAGACGGAACAGAAAUCUGAAUUUUAGGGAUUUGUUACGUUCUCCAUAAAAGAGAGAACAUAAAUCCACCGCAGAAAUCUCAAGAUUAAUUGUAUGUGGCGUUCUUCAACCGUUGAUCUCGAUGAUGUACUGCUAUAAGAGUCAAAAUGGAGGAAAGGGCUCAAUUUACGCAACACCUGUAUGACGUCAGGUGGUUCCUAGGAUCACCGUUGUUCUACGUUCCAUUCUUGUCGUUCAAGACGUCAUAACGUUCCAUUGUUUAUCUUUCGAACACCUUAGCGUAGUAACGCAUUCGGAAAGCCGGAGUUAGCCAGAUAUGGCGUUGAUCCGUAAGUUCCGAAGUGAAUCAACAAACGUUGAAGCUACUAAAGUGUGCCUGAACACAGACAAGUUCGUGUCAAUCAGCGAAGUGAAAAGUGAGAUUUUGAAGAUGAAGGAGACCAACUACCAACUGAAGAACUCCGUCCUAAUCUUGACCCGGUCAAGUGAUGAGAUGAGGCGAGAAGCUGUUAAGCAGCAAUCGACCAUUAGUUUGCUGAAGAAGACCCACAUGGACAUACUCGUGAAGAAGGACGAGGAACUAGCAAAUCAGAGAAUCGCAGUCACUGCACAGAAAGUAGCUCAGGAAGCCCUGACAAAGGCUCUGAAUAUCAUCAUCAAAGAGCAACAGGACACCGCGAGUUUGACGGAGGAACUGCUACUGGAAACUAGGAGCGACUUGACAAGCAGUAAGGCGGAAGCAGCAAAGCUUCGUGACGAGCUCAAGACCCUUAAAGCUCAGUUUACACUGAGGGAGAACGACAUGUGUCAAAUGGAAGAGUUGUACGAGAAACAGAAGAGGAGUCUACAGAAGAUACACCGUAAGGAGGUGCAGGCCCUGACAGAAGGUUUCGAACAGGAGAUUCAGAAGAGGAAUGAGAGAGAAAGGUUUUUGCAAGAGAUGAUUAUAAGAAAGAAUACGGAAAUUGAGGAAGUGAAGAAGGAAUUGGCCACCAUGAAUGACAUCCAUGAGGAGGAGGUGAAGGCACUGAAGGAAUCUUUCCUGCAGGUAAUCAAAGAUAGGGAUGACAAAGAAAAGCUGCUCCAGCAGACAAUUCUUCAGAAAAACGAAGAAGUGGCGGCACUGAGGAGAAAUAUGAAAGCAGAAAAGGACAUCCAUGAAGAGGAGGUAAAGGAGCUCCAACAGACCAUCCACUUGGACUCUUUAUUCGUGAAAGACCUUAUGGCAGCUUCAUCCAAGAUCGAGAGUGAGGAACUAGAGAGGGUGAGAAAAGACAAGGAGACCCUGGAGUAUGAGCACAACCUGACUAGGGCCAGGCUAGAGGAGUCUGAGACAAAGCUGGAAAGCCUGGAGAAAGACGGAGAGAGGCUCUUGUCCGAGCUCAACUCCAUGAAAACUACGCUCCUGAAGUCAUGGGUGGACCGCAACAAUGAGGUGAAGAUAAUGCAAGACAGGCUAUUCUCGAUGAAGGCCGAAAGGGAAAUCUUUAAGGUCCUUGCAACAGCUUCACAAAGGAAGAGAGAAGUGGAAGAAGAGCACAGUUCAAACAGACACAUGGAAAGGGCCAUGAGGCACCAUCAGGAACAGGCAAGAUACCUGGGCCAAGCCUGGCAGGAGGCGGCAAUCGGUCCCUGUUCCAUGUACGACCCUGACAGAAAUCAUCAUCAUCAUCCGGGCUAAAAAUGUGUAUAACGUUAUAUUAGCUUCUAUUAUUGAAAUAUGUUUGACUUUGUUGUUGUUAGGGUAGUUCUACUGUUUCUCCUGUUUUCAAGAGCCUCUUUGAUUUAUAAGCCUUGAUAACAGACACCUGAGGAAAUACAGGGAGAUAUUUAGACUUCACAUUUGUCAGUGUCAACAUUUUCAUUUGUCCGAAUACAUGAGCUCAGAAGACAGAAGCCAUUAUUUAAAUCAGCCGUGAAGCCCUUAUUAGCCUCGUGGAUAACUUCAAUCUGCUCCAGUGGAUUGUAAUCACAAGUAAAGAAUGUAAUGUAUCAGCUUAAGUUGCUCUGGAAUAUGGGGAUAUAUUUUCCGUAACAUUUUUGAGCAAGUAUUUUCGUAUGAGCUAAGUUUCAAAACAGACAUCCAAAAGUUUCUUUGAGGACCCUCUUUCUAGGGAGAAAGUUUCUGCUUUAAGCAGACAGACAACCGAGUAACCGGAGUGACCCACAAAGAACAGAAAUGGAGUCUGACCUACACCCAAUCCCGUGGCCUGUAUCACGAUAUACACGUACAGGACAUUAGAACAAGUAAGGAGCAAAAGGUAAAACCAUGACUGUGACGUCAUUGUACACCUCUGCUGAGGUGGAGAAUGGAUCUUGUAUGCAUAUGUAAUCUCAGAUUAUGUGUCGAGUUUGUAGUUUCAAAUGACAUAUAUAAUGCAGUUUUGCAAGAAUAAAGACAUUUAAGAUUCUGCAAUGUGCCUUGAAUUUUUCUUUUACCGUUAUCACUGUUGACCACAAACAGAAUA